AUGAAGAUCAAGUCCAGUCCCAAGUCAGAGAACCAAACCUCAAGCCAAGAAGGAGCCACCAAUCCAAUCAAGUCCUUGAACUAUCUGGUCAAGUCCAAACAGGUUAAAAGUUCCAUGUCUUCUGAUAAGCCUUUUCUCUUGUUUAUCUUUAAAGGAUCACUUAACCUUCUUGUUGAUAAUGCACCGGAGAUUCCGAGUGAGAUGUCUAAGCUUUUACAGGAUUUCCAAGAUGUGUUUCCAGAUGAUUGCCCAAAAGGAUUGCCACCAGUCAGAGGCAUUGAGCAUCAAAUAGAUUUUGUUCCUGGAUCCACACUUCCAAACCGUCCAGCAUACAGAACCAAUCCUGUUGAAACCAAAGAACUCCAGCGCCAAAUUGAUGAGCUUAUGGAUAAGGGUCACAUCCGGGAAAGCAUGAGCCUUGUGCUGUUCCUGUUCUUCUUGUGCCCAAGAAAGAUGGGAGUUGGCGCAUGUGUGUGGAUUGCAGAGCCAUCAACAAUAUCACUGUAA